CACGCACAGGAAAAAAGAAAAAGAAAAGCAUUUGCGUUGAAAAGCUUGCUCGACACUCUUUUCAUUUCUCCAAAGAAAAAUGAGCAUGGAAUCGACUCGCUCAGACAACUCGGCCAAAAGAAGCUUCAAUAAUAACCGUAACUCGGCCUCUUCAAAUUCAAAUUCAAACCCUUCCAAUAAGAAGAAAAAAACCAGUCAGAAAACCCUAGGCGUCGCUUGGGGCUCCAAUUCUCGCUCUUCGUCUCGCUCCUCCUUCAGCAAUUCACCGUUCUCCAAUUUUGGCAGUUAUAUGGUGGAGAAGAAUAGGAAACUUCAGAACCAGUUUGAAGCCGAAGCUUCGACUUCUUCUCAUGGUGGUUCGGGUUCUGUGAAGCCUAUAUUCGAUGGGGUUUCCAUCUUUGUCGAUGGUUUCACGGUUCCUUCCAGUCAGGAACUGCGAGGCUACAUGUUAAAGCAUGGUGGAAGAUUUGAGAAUUACUUUUCAAGACGUCGUGUAACCCAUAUCAUCUGCAGUAAUCUUCCUGAUAGUAAAAUUAAGAAUUUGAGGUCCUUUAGCCGUGGGCUCCCUGUGGUAAAACCCGCGUGGAUUUUGGAGUCUGUUGCUGCCAAUAAACUUUUGAGUUGGGUUCCAUACCAACUCGAUCAGCUUGCUAAUAACCAACCAAAGUUGUCAUCAUUUUUUACUCUGAAAAGAAGCUCAGUCUCCAACAGUGCCUCAACUCAUGCACCUUGUCAAGUAAAUCCUGAAGCUGAGGAUUCGUCUUUAAAAGUUGGUACAUCAGGUGAUACAUAUUUUUCUGAAGUGAGUGAACCCUUUGAGCACCGUAAGCAAAUUAGUAGAGAAUCAGAUGAUCUUGUGAAUGAGAACUCUAAUGCAUCAUUAGUUGAGGAGAUAGCUAGCAGUUCUGGCAAACCCUGUGAAGUGGCUAUGGGAAUACCAAGUAAUAUUGAUGCAGAAGAUGAAAGCAGUGUAAAAAAUGAUCUGCAGUCAAGUCAUUACCAACCUGCUGCACUUGUUAGCAGCAACUGCAUAAACAACCAAAAUAUGAAAGGUUCACCAAGUUCAAUGGUCAGUGAGCCUUCUAAUCAGAGUCAUUCAACUCUUGGGGAUCCAAAUUUUGUGGAAAAUUAUUUCAAGAACUCGAGGCUGCACUUCAUAGGCACCUGGAGAAAUCGAUACCGUAAACGUUUUCAUAGCUUAUCUAAUGGGUUUAACUGCACAAGUUCUAAUAUUAAAGCCUCUCCUCUGAAGACUGCCGUUAUGCAUGUUGACAUGGAUUGCUUCUUUGUCUCAGUUGUCAUCAGGAACCAUCCUGAAUUACGAGAUAAGCCUGUUGCUGUAUGCCAUUCAGACAACACGAAAGGAACUGCUGAAAUUUCAUCUGCAAACUACCCUGCUCGAGAUUAUGGAAUUAAGGCUGGAAUGUUUGUUAGAAAUGCCAAGGCUCUUUGUCCCCACUUGGUCAUAUUUCCAUACAACUUUGAAGCUUAUGAGGAGGUAGCUGAUCAGUUUUAUAACGUAUUGCAUAAGCAUGGCAACAAAGUGCAGGCUGUAAGCUGUGAUGAAGCCUUUUUAGAUGUGACUGAAUCAGAGGGGGAUCCCCAGCUUCUAGCUUCAAAAAUAAGAAAAGAGAUUUUUGAGACUACCAGAUGCACUGCAAGUGUUGGUAUUGCUGGGAAUAUGCUUAUGGCUCGCCUUGCCACUAGAACUGCAAAACCGGAUGGUCAAUGUUACAUUCCUCCUGAAAGGGUUGAUGAUUAUUUAAGUCAACUUCCAAUCAAGGCACUUCCAGGGAUAGGGCAUGUUUUAGAGGAGAAGUUGAAGAAGCAAAAUGUUUGGACUUGUGGACAGUUGCGUAUGAUUUCCAAGGACUCUCUUCAAAAAGACUUUGGACUGAAGACUGGGGAGAUGCUAUGGAAUUAUAGCAGGGGACUAGAUAAUCGGCUGGUUGGGUUAAUUCAGGAAAGCAAAUCUGUAGGUGCUGAAGUGAAUUGGGGUGUGAGGUUCAAGGAUGUGAAAGAUGCUCAAAACUUCCUCUCAAACCUCUGCAAGGAGGUUUCGUUGCGCUUGCAAGGAUGUGGAGUGGAAGGGCGCACUUUUACCCUCAAGAUAAAAAAGAGAAGAAAAGAUGCCGAGGAGCCUAUAAAGUAUAUGGGCCAUGGAGAUUGCGAAAAUCUGAGUCACUCCACAACGGUUCCGGUUGCUACUGAUGAUGUGGAAGUACUUCAAAGGAUAACAAAGCAGCUUUUUGGGUUCUUCCACUUGGAUGUCAAGGAGAUUCGGGGUGUUGGCUUGCAAGUUUCCAGGCUUGAAAGCACAGAGAAUUCCAAGCAAGGGCUUGAAAGAAAUUCUUUGAAAUCAUGGCUCACCUCUGCCUCAGCCAGAACAGAAGAACUGUGCAAGAACAAUUAUGUAGCCAAAGAGAGUUCUAAUCAAGGUUGUGAAGGAAAGGGAGAUGAAACUUUGGGUCAGCUGUGUGGUAAUUCAGUUGGGCUUUCAAUUCAAAUGGAUAGUAAUACCUCCAAUGGUGCAGCUUGUCUGAAUGAGGUUUCAGUGCUGCCACCUUUAUGUCAUCUUGAUAUGGGAGUUUUAAAGAGCCUUCCUCCUGAACUUUUUUCAGAGUUGAAUGAAAUAUAUGGUGGGAAAUUGGUUGAUUUGAUUGCUAAAAAUAAAGGUAAAACUGAAAAUAUCAACCAUACUUUGAGCGCUUAUUCACAUGAAAAAAUAGAAGGUGCAAUGAAAGAGGGGCAGGCAGCUCUCCUUUCUAGCAUGGUCUUCCAAAAUGAAAUUCCAGUAGAAAAUAAGGCAGAGCAGCAUAUAGCUAAGGAAGUUCCGUCAGUUUCUGGGGCAGAAUCCUUUGUUCCUGCUUCAGGACUCAAGAAAACUGAUUUGAUACCUUCCUCUCUAAGUCAAGUAGAUACCGCGGUUUUACAACAGUUGCCUGAAGAAUUGAAAGUUGACAUACUUGAGCAUCUUCCUGCACACAGGAUGCAAGUCUUUUCUCCAAAUGUUCUCUUGGAUCCUACAGAAAUCCCUCUGGAAGCAUUAGGUACCAAGACAGCUGAGAAAAACUCUGGAUCAAAGGAUUUUGUCUUGGACAACAAUCUUUGGGUUGGAAUUCCUCCACAGUGGGUUGAUAAGUUCAAAGUCAGCAAUUGCUUGAUAUUAAACAUUCUUGCAGAGAUGUAUUACAAAUCAGGCUCAACUGGAAAUUUAUCUCCAAUUCUGCAGCGUAUUAGUUCUGUAUCUUUACAUCAACUAGAUGCAUUUCAAGAUGGUUGGGAUGAAGCUAUGUACAUCUUGUGUUUGCAACGAAAUCAGAAUUAUUCAUACUAGUGUACAAUAUAGUCUCUCCUUACCUUCAGGGAUCUAUUGAACUGCUGUAAAGAGAUUCAUACAAGUUGAAUACUGUCCUCUACAUUUUGGUUUGAAUAAAAAUAGUCAUAAAUUUGUAACUGCCUAAGUUGCUCUCUUGCUAUUAGGCAUUGGUUGGAGAAAACUAUGGAGGAAACUUGCAUAUGUCAUUGAAGGAUUAAUGCUGCACUUAUUGUGUGAUUUCUCUGCUUGAUUAACCUUGUUCCAGUGUCCAAGCGGUGCACUGUGCAAUUCAUGAGGGAUAAUUACCUUUAAACCACAAUGCAAAAUUUGGGGAGUGAAAACCAUAAAUUGGAGGCCUGUAUGAAAGUGUUAUGCUUACGAGCCUAUGAGCCAGACAAGACAGUUCAAGCAUUGAGCUCGUUUUGGAAACAAGCUAUAUUAGGCCCAAGCUUCAGCUCAUUAACUUCAUAACUGGGCCCAAUCCAAGCAUAACAGUUCCUGAGACAGAGAUGGGACCUCCCUGAUAAGAUUCUUACACCCAGAUCUUGGAAACAUUUACAAGUUCUGUUGGUGUUGAAGUGCAUGGCAAUUAAGUUAUUGGAAAUACUUGAUUGUAGUAGCUUGUGAAUUGCCGCUGCCUCUCCUGCUCCGAAUCUGCACCUUGUGUUGAAGUUUGAAAAUCUGUGUAUUUUAUACAUGAAAGUCCUGUCUGACAUUGUGAGCUCUUGUUCCAUUUGGUUUUGUUGGGUUUAAUAUUUUGUAUAGUAUUGCACAGGUUGUAAACUAGAGGUGAAGUUAGUUACUCAUUAGUUUCCUCAUAUCCACUUGCUCUCCUUAAUUAGGUGAUUGCAGGCACUUCAAAUUAUCAAAAAAAAAAAAAAAAAAAAAAAGAAAAAAAAAAAAAAAAGAAAAAGGAAAAGAGCAGGCACUUCGGUUUGUAGGAUUGCCAAUAGGGCCAAAAGGCUCUGCAGUAAAAAGGAUAAAGGUAGGUUUUCCCUUGCUCAAUUACUUGUAAAUAUAAAUCUUGUAUUUGACUCGGGCAUGAUAUGAUUAUUGUUUUUAGAUUUUGAAAUCCCAAAAUGUAUAUUACUUGUAUUAGUUUGACUUAAGUGUUAUGAAGUAUAUAAAAAUUAGAUGUAUCGACAUAAUUUGACUAAGGGAUUC